UGCGGGCCCGGGUAGCGUGUGCGCACGCGCGGGGCUUUUGCUGGGCGUCAUGGCGGACGCGGGGUCUGGCGUGCGGGGUACUCUGCUUCAGUUACAGGAGUCCUUGUCCGCGGCCGACCGCUGCGGAGCGGCGGUGGCCAGUUGUCACCUGCUGCGGGGCCUGGGGCAGGAGUGCGUGCUGAGCUCCGGCCCUGCGCUGCUGGCAUUACACACUUCCUUAGUUUUUUCCAAAGAUUUUGGUUUGCUUGUAUUUGUUCGGAAAUCACUUAGCGUUGAUGAAUUUCGUGAUUGUAGAGAAGAAGCCCUAAAGUUUUUAUGUGUUUUCUUAGAGAAAAUUGGCCAGAAGAUCACACAUUAUUCUCUCGAUAUUAAGAAUACUUGUACCAGUGUUUAUACAAAAGAUAAAGCUGCUAAAUGUAAAAUUCCAGCCCUAGAACUUCUUAUUAAGUUACUUCAGACUUUGAGAAGUUCGAGCCUCAUGGAUGAAUUUAGAGUUGGAGAGUUAUUUAGCAAGUUCUAUGGAGAACUUGCGUUGAAAACAAAAAUACCAGAUACAGUUUUAGAAAAGAUAUAUGAGCUCCUAGGAGUAUUAGGCGAAGUUCAUCCUAGUGAGAUGGUAAAUAAUUCAGAUAAACUCUUCCGGGCUUUUCUGGGUGAACUUAAGACCCAGAUGACAUCAACAGUGAGAGAGCCCAAACUUCCGGUUCUGGCAGGGUGUCUGAAGGGACUGGCUUCGCUUCUGUGUAACUUCACUAAAUCCAUGGAAGAAGAUCCCCAGACUUCAAGGGAGAUUUUUGAUUUUGCACUAAAGGCAAUCUGUCCUCAGAUUGAUCUGAAGAGAUACGCGGUGCCUUUGGCUGGCUUGUCCAUAUUUACCCUGCAUGCAUCUCAGUUUAGCACCUGCCUCCUGGACAACUACGUCUCGUUAUUUGAAACACUGUCGAGAUGGUGUAGCCACACAAAUGUAGAACUGAAAAAAGCUGCAUAUUCAGCUCUGGAAUCUUUCCUGAAGCAGCUUUCUUUUAUGGUAGCGAACAACGCAGAGACGCACAGGAGUAAGCUGCGGUACUUCAUGGAGCAGUUCUAUGGGAUCAUCAGAAACGUGGACGCAAACAGCAAGGACUUGUGCAUCGCCGUUCGUGGAUACGGACUGUUCGCAGGGCCUUGCAAGGUUAUAAACCCAGAAGACGUUGGCAUCAUGUUCGUGGAGCUUGUUCAGCGCUGCCGGCAGCUGUUCCUCACCGAGACGGACACGGCCGAGGACCACGUCUACCAGAUGCCCAGUUUCCUCCAGUCUGUUGCCAGUGUCUUGCUUCACCUUGAUACGGUUCCUGAGGUGCACAUGCCAGUUCUGGAGCACCUCGUGGUCGUGCAGAUAGACAGUUUCCCCCAGUACAGUCCAAAAAUGCAGUUGGUGUGUUGCAAAGCCAUAGUGAAAGUUUUCCUGGCCUUGGCAGAAAAAGGACCAGUUCUCUGGAAUUGCAUUAGUACUAUGGUGCAUCAAGGUUUAAUCAGAAUAUGUUCUAAACCAGUGAUCCUUCAAAAGGGUGCUGAGCCUGAGUCCGAGGACCGCCGUGUGUCAGGGGAAGUUAGAACCGGCAAAUGGCGAGUGUCCACCUGCAAAGACUAUUUGGAUCUUUUUAGAAAUCUCCUGAGCUGUGACCAGAUGAUGGAUUCUCUUUUAGCAGAUGAAGCGUUUCUCUUUGUGAAUUCCUCCCUUCCAAGUCUGAAUCGUUUGCUGUAUGAUGAAUUUGUAAAAUCAGUUUUGAAGAUUAUCGAGAAAUUGGAUCUUACACUGGAAAAGCAGAGUGUUGGGGAACAAGAGGAUGAAAAUGAAGCUGCUGGUGUUUGGGUGAUCCCAACUUCAGAUCCAGCUGCUAACUUGCGUCCUGCUAAACCUAAAGAUUUUUCAGCUUUCAUCAACCUGGUGGAAUUUUGCAGGGAGAUUCUUCCUGAGAAACAUGUAGAAUUUUUUGAGCCAUGGAUAUGCUCCUUUGCAUAUGAAUUAAUUCUGCAGUCUACACGGUUGCCAUUCAUUAGUGGUUUCUACAAAUUGCUAUCUAUUGCUGUGAGAAAUGCCAAGAAAAUAAAAUAUUUUGAGGGUGUUGGCCCAAAGAGUCAGAAACAGUCUCCUGAGGACCCAGAAAAGUCUUUUUGCUUUGCUUUGUUUGCAAAAUUUGGUAAAGAGGUGUCAGUUAAAAUGAAGCAGUACAAAGAUGAACUCCUGGCCUCCUGUUUGACCUUUGUCCUGUCCCUGCCACAUGACAUCAUCGAACUUGAUGUCAGCGCCUAUGUCCCUGCCUUGCAGAUGGCUUUUAAACUGGGCCUGAGCUAUACCCCACUGGCAGAAGUCGGCCUGAAUGCCCUAGAAGAAUGGUCAGUUUACAUCGGCAAACAUGUAAUUCAGCCCUAUUAUAAGGACAUUUUACCCAGCCUUGAUGGAUAUCUGAAAACUUCAGCCUUAUCAGAUGAGACCAGGAGUAACUGGGAAGUGUCAGCACUCUCUCGGGCCGCCCAGAAAGGAUUUACUAGAGAUGUGUUAAAGCAUCUGAAAAGGACAAAGAACAUUUCAUCACAUGAAGCGCUGUCCUUAGAAGAAAUACGGGUUCAAGUCGUGCAAGUGCUUGGCCGUCUUGGGGGACAGAUCAGCAAAAACCUCAUAACAGCAGUGUCCCCCGAGGAGAGGGCCAGGCGCUGUGUGGCCUGGGACAGAGAGAGGAGGCUCGGCUUCGCGGUGCCCUUCGCGGACAUGAAGCCCAUCAUCCACCUGGAUCCAUUCCUGCCGCGCGUCACAGAGCUGGCACUCUCGGCCGGCGACAGACAAACUAAAGUUGCAGCCUGUGAACUUCUGCACAGCAUUGUCAUGUUUAUGCUGGGAAAAGCCACUCAGAUGCCUGACAGUGGCCUGGGCCCCCCACCCAUGUACCAGCUCUAUAAGCGCACUUUUCCUGUGCUGCUUCGACUGGCAUGUGAUGUAGAUCAGGUGCCGAGGCAACUGUAUGAACCUCUAGUUAUGCAGCUGAUUCACUGGUUCACCAACAAUAAGAAAUUUGAGAGUCAGGACACUGUUGCCUUACUAGAAACAAUACUGGAUGGAAUUGUGGACCCAGCUGACAGUACUUUAAGAGAUUUUUGUGGUCGGUGUAUUCAAGAAUUCCUCAAAUGGUCCAUUAAGCAGACAACACCGCAGCAGCAGGAAAACAGUCCAGUAAACACCAAAUCACUUUUCAAGCGACUGUACAGCUUUGCACUUCACCCCAAUGCUUUCAAGAGACUGGGAGCAUCACUUGCUUUUAAUAAUAUCUACAGGGAAUUCAGGGAAGAAGAGUCUCUGGUAGAACAGUUUGUGUUUGAAGCCUUGGUGACGUACGUGGAAAGCCUGGCCUUAGCACAUGCGGAUGAGAGGUCCUUAGAUCUCCUUCAGCAAUCUCUGUUUGUGGUGAGAGCAGGCACGGCUCCACAAUGCUGCGAAGCUAUCGACCACCUGGAGCGCAUCGUCGAGAAGAAGCACGUUUCUUUAAACAAAGCAAAAAAGCGACGCUGUCCCCGAGGCUUUCCACCUACGGCAUCCUUGUGUUUAUCGGACGUGGUCCAGUGGCUUUUCGCCAAUUGUGGGAGGCCCCAGACAGAAUGUCGACACAAAUCCAUAGAACUCUUUUAUAAAUUUGUUCCUUUGUUGCCAGGCAACAAAUGCCCUUCCCUGUGGCUGAGAGACCUGGUCCAGAAGGAAGGCGUUUCCUUCCUCGUAAGCGCAUUUGAGGGGGGAGGCGCCUGCAAUCCGCCCGCCGGCAUCCUCGCCCAGCCCACCCUCCUCCAGCCGCACGGGCCGUUCAGCCUGCGUGCCGCGCUGCAGUGGAUGGACGCGCUGCUGGCCGCGCUGGAGUGCUACAACACCUUCCUGGGCGCAGGGACACUUGGUGCCGCCCAGCUCCUGGAUGCUGAAACACAGUCUUCACUUUGGAAAGCAGUGGCUUUCUUCUUAGAAAGCAUUGCUCUGCAUGAUAUUACGGCUGCAGAAAAGUGCUUUGGUGCCAGGGCCGCAGGUGACAGACCCAGCCCACAGGAAGGAGAAAGAUACAGUUACAGCAAAUGCACGGUGGUGGUCCGGGUCCUGGAGUUCUCCACAACGCUGCUUGGCACCUCCCCUGACAGCUGGAAGCUCCUCGGGAAGGAUUCGUGCAGCGCAGACCUUACGAAGCUCCUGGUGAGAACGCUGUGUGCGCCCUCGAGCGUGGGCUUCAACGUCGGGGACUUCCCGGUGAUGGACCACCUCCCCAGUGUGUGCGUGGGCCUGCUGAGGGCCCUGAAGACGUCCCCGCACCGUGCUGCGCUGGAGGCGUGCCUCAGGGAGGAGGUCACGGCAUGGAGCAUUGAGGAGCUCUGCGCUGUUGACCUUUAUGGCCUGGACGCUCACGUUCAUAGGGCCAAGCUGGCGUCUGUCGUGUCGGCUUGCAAGCAGCUUCACGGGGCUGGCUUUCUGCAUGUUGUAGCACCAUCGCAGUCUGCAGAUGAGCAGCAUUCUCUCGGCACAAAGCUUCUCUCCUUGGUUUAUAAAAGCAUCGCACCUGGAGUCGAAGGGCAGUGCCUGCCCUCACUGGACCCCAGCUGCAAGCGGCUCGCCAAUGGACUUCUGGAGUUGGCCUUUGCUUGUGGAGGACUGUGUGAGCACCUGGUGGGUCUUCUCCUGGACACGGCGGUGGUGUCCAUGCCAUCCUCAGGAGGGUCCCAGAGGAACAUCAUCAGCUUCUCUCACGGACAGUACUUCUACAGCUUGUUCUCAGAAACAAUCAACACUGAACUGUUGAAAAAUCUAGAUGUUGCUGUAUUGGAGCUCAUGAAGUCAUCUGUGGAUAAUCCCAAAAUGGUGAGUGCCGUUCUGAAUGGUCUGUUGGAUCAGAGCUUCCGGGACCGAGCCAGUCAGAAGCACCAAGGCCUGAAACUGGUGGGUACCAUCCUGCAGAGCUGGAGGAGCUUCGGCCCGUGGUGGGCCAGGGACGCUGCCCCGGACAGUAAACUGGCCGUGCUGACCUUACUGGCAAAAAUUCUGCAGAUUGAUUCAUCUGUAUCUUUUAAUACAAAUCACAGUGCAUUCCCAGAAGUUUUUACAACAUAUGUUAGUCUACUUGCUGAUCCGAAUUUGGGUCUACAUUUAAAGGGCCAGGCUGUGACUCUGCUCCCUUUCUUCGUCGAUCUCACUGGAGGCCACCUGCAGGAGCUGAAGCACGUUCUCGGGAAGCUCAUUGUUUCUAACUUCCCUAUGAAGUCUGAAGAGUUUCCCCCUGGGACCCUGCGGUACAACAACUACGCGGACUGUGUGAGGAAGCUUCUGGAUGCGUUGGAGUUAUCUCAGAGUCCCGUGUUGUUGGAGUUGAUGACAGAAAUGCUUUGUCGGGAACAGCAGCAUGUUUUGGAAGAAUUAUUUCAAUCCACUUUCAGGAAGGUAGCCGGAAAGAGUCCAUGUGCAACACAGUUAGGCCUUCUGGAUAGUGUGCACGGGAUGUUCAGGCGGGAUGACCUGCUUCCCAGCGUCACCCGCCAGGCGGCUGUGGACCGAGUCCUCCUCACCUUGCUGUGGCACUGUGACCUGAAUGCUUUGAGGGACUUCUUCUGCAGAGUUGUGGCGGACGCCAUUGAUGUGUUGAAGUCCAGAUUUAUAAAGCUGAAUGAAUCUUCCUUUGAUACUCAAAUCACCAAGAAGAUGGGCUACUAUAAGAUGCUCGAUGUGAUGUACUCUCGUCUUCCGAAAGACGAUGUUCACUCCAAGGGAUCUAAAAUCAAUCAAGCGUUCCACGGCUCGUGUGUCACAGAAGGAAAUGAACUUACAAAGACCCUUAUUAAGCUGUGCUACGACGCCUUCACGGAGAACAUGGCGGGGGAGGCCCAGCUGCUGGAGCGCCGGCGGCUGUACCACUGUGCCGCCUACAACUGCGCCAUCGCCGCCAUCCGCUGUGUCUUCACCGAGCUCAAGUUUUACCAGGGCUUCCUGUUCAGUGAGAAGCCGGAGAAGAACUUGCUCAUUUUUGAAAAUCUGAUAGACCUGAAGCGCUGCUACACGUUUCCCAUAGAAGUGGAGGUUCCUAUGGAAAGAAAGAAGAGGUACAUUGAAAUUAGGAGAGAAGCCAGGGAAGCAGCUAAUGGGGACUCAGGCGGCCCGUGUUAUAUGUCUUCCUUGUCAUAUCUGGCAGACAGUAGCCUGAGUGAGGAAAUGAGUCAGUUCGACUUCUGCACUGGAGUUCAGAGCUACUCGUAUGGCUCCCAAGACCCUCAGUCCACCGCCGGCCGUUUCUGGAGACGGGAACGUCCAGACCCCGAGGUCCCAGGCGACGUGCUGGAGCUGGAGAUGGACGAGCUAAAUCGGCACGAGUGCAUGGCCCCCAUGGCGGCGCUGGUCCGGCACAUGCAGAGGCUGCAGGCCGCUCGGCCAGGAGAGGGUUCAGUGCCAAGAAGUCUUCCUCCAUGGAUGAAAUUUCUUCACGACAAACUAGGAAAUCCAUCAGUAUCAUUAAAUAUCCGUCUCUUCUUAGCCAAGCUUGUUAUUAAUACAGAGGAAGUCUUCCGGCCUCACGCGAAGCACUGGAUCGGCCCCCUGCUGCAGCUGGUGGUCUCCGAAAACAGCGUUGGGGGCGGGAUCCACUACAUGGUGGUGGAGAUCGUGGCCACGGUUCUCUCGUGGACGGGAGUAGCGACUCCUGUGGGGGUCCCCAAAGAUGAAGUGUUAGCAAAUCGAUUGCUUCAUUUUCUAAUGAAACACGUUUUUCAUCAAAAAAGAGCUGUGUUUCGACAUAACCUUGAAAUUAUAAAGACGCUUGUUGAGUGCUGGAAGGAUUGUUUAUCCAUCCCUUACAGGUUAAUGUUUGAAAAGUUCUCCAGCAAAGAUCCUAAUUCUAAAGACAAUUCCAUAGGAAUUCAGUUAUUAGGCAUUGUAAUGGCCAAUGACUUGCCUCCAUACGACCCAAAAUGCGGCAUAGAAAGCGUGAAGUACUUCCAACCUUUGGUCAAUAACAUGUCCUUUGUCAAAUAUAAAGAGGUGUAUGCGGCAGCAGCAGAAGUUCUGGGACUCAUUCUUCGAUAUCUAACCGGGAGAGAAAAGAGCUUAAUCUUCCAGACGCUGGAGGAGUCUGUGUGCGAACUGGUGGUAAAGCAGUUGCAGCGGCUUCAGCACGCGGCGGAGGACAAAUUUAUCGUGUGCUUGAACAGAGCCGCCAAGAACUUCCCUCCUCUUGCCGACAGGUUCAUGAGCUCUGUGCUUCUCCUGCUGCCGCGGGCCCACGGCGUGAUGAAGACGCUCUGCCUGGAGGUGGUGCUGUGUCGUGCAGACGAGAGGGCGGACCUGUACCUGCAGUUAGAGAGCAGGGGUUUCGCGCAGCUCAUGAGGCACAGAGACGACGAGAGACAGAAAGUGUGUUUGGACAUAAUUUACAAGCUGAUGGCAAGACUGAAGCCCGUGGAGCUCCGGGUACUCCUGAGCCCUGUGGCGGAGUUCCUGUCUCACCCCUCCGCUCUGUGCCGGGAGCAGAUGUACAACAUCCUCAUGUGGGUUCACGACAACUACCGCGAUCCAGAGAGUCAGGCAGAUGAUGACUCCCAGGAAGUAUUCAAGUUGGCGAAAGACGUGUUGAUCCAAGGAUUGACCGACGAGAAUCCCGGCCUUCAAUUAAUGAUUCGGAACUUCUGGAGCCACGAGACUAGGCUGCCGUCAAACACCUUGGACCGCUUGCUGGCCCUAAAUUCCUUAUAUUCUCCUAAGAUAGAAGUGCACUUCUUAAGUUUAGCGACAGAUUUUCUGCUUGAAAUGACCAGCAUGAGCCCCGACUUCCGCAGUCCCGUGUUUGAGCACCCUCUGUCGGAGUGUGAGUUUCAGGAGUAUUCUAUUGAUCCCGACUGGCGCUGUCGGAGCGCGGUCCUCACGCCGAUGUUCCUGGAGACCCAGGCCUCCCAGAGCGCACUCCAGACCCGGACGCAGGAUGGGCCCCUCUCGGCUCGGCGGGCGCUGGCCGGGCAGGUCCGGGCCACCCAGCAGCAGCUCGACUUCACACCCACACAGAGUGCAGGGGGAAGAGGCUCCUUCCACUGGCUGACGGGGGGCAGCAUCGACCCGCUGGGGGACGGCUCGGCCCCCGCCGCUGAGUCCUCGUCCUCGUCCUCGUCCUUGCUGUUUGCCCACAAGAGGCCUGAGGGGUUGCGCGGGGCAGCCCCGAAGUCAGUGGGACCCGACUUCGGGAAGAAAAGGCUGGGCCUCCCAGGGGACGAGGUGGAUAACGGAGCGAAAGGUCCAGACAGUCGGGCAGAAAUACUGCGAUUACGCAGACGGUUUCUAAAGGACCGAGAAAAACUGAGUUUGAUUUAUGCCAGGAAAGGUGUUGCUGAGCAAAAGCGAGAGAAGGAGAUGAAGAGUGAGCUAAAAAUGAAGCGCGAGGCCCACGUCGUCCUGUACAGAAGUUACCGUCGCGGAGACCUCCCCGACGUCCAGAUCCCGCACAGCAGCCUGGUCGCCCCCUUGCAGGCUGUGGCCCAGAGGGAUCCGCUCAUCGCGAAGCAGCUCUUCAGCAGCCUGUGCUCCGGGAUCCUCAAGGAGCUGGACAAGCACAGUACCGCGUCUGAGAGGCGUGGUGCCACCCAGAAGCUGCUGCAGGACUUCACUCACUUGCUCAGCACCACCGUCCUCUUCUUCCCGCCGUUCGUGUCCUGCAUCCAGGAGGUCAGCUGCCGACACGCCGACCUGCUGAGCCUGGACCCGGCCGUGGUCAGCGGCGCCGGCCUGGCGGGCCUGCAGCAGCCGGGGGCCAUCCACCUGCUGGAGGAAGCGCUGCUGCACCUGCUGCCCCAGGAGCCGCCCGCCAAGCGCGCCCGGGGCAGGCCCGGCCUCCCCGCCGGCGGCGGCAGAUGGAUGGAGCUCGCCAGGCUGUACAGGUCGAUUGGAGAGUAUGACACCCUCCGUGGUAUUUUCAGCAGUGAGAUAGGAACAAAGCAGGUCACACAGGACGCGUUAUUAGCAGAAGCGAGAAGUGAUUAUUCUGAAGCUGCACGGCUGUAUAACGAGGCCCUCAAUAAACAAGAGUGGGCAGACGGUGAGCCCACGGAAGACGAGAAGGACUUUUGGGAACUUGCAUCCCUCGAGUGUUACAACCAGCUUGCCGAAUGGAAGUCGCUGGCGUACUGCUCCACGGCCAGCGCUGACGGCGAGGGUGCCCCAGAUCUCAGCAAGAUGUGGAGUGAACCCUUCUAUCAGGAGACCUGCCUGCCACACAUGAUCCGCAGCAGGCUCAAGUCCCUGCUCCGUGGGGAGGGCGACCAGGCCCUGCUGACCUUCGUGGACGAGGCGGUGACCUCGGAGCUGCGGAGGGCCCUGCUCGAGCUCCGCUACAGCCAGGAGCUGAGUCUCCUCUACCUCCUGCAAGAUGACGUCGACAGGGCCGAGUAUUACAUCAGAAACUGCAUUCAGAUGUUUUUGCAGAAUUAUUCUAGUAUUGAUGUCCUUUUACACAGAAGUAGACUCACCAAAUUGCAGUCUGUGCAGACUUUCAUAGAAAUUCAGGAGUUCAUCAGCUUUAUUAGCAAACAAGGCAAUAUGUCAUCUCACCUUCCCCUUAAGAGGCUUCUAAAAACCUGGACAAGUAGAUAUCCGGAUGCUAAAAUGGACCCCAUGAACGUCUGGGAUGACGUCAUCACGAAUCGAUGUUUCUUUCUCAGCAAAAUAGAGGAGAAGCUCCCUCUCCUUCCGGACGACGGUGGUGUGAGUGAGGAUGCGGACGGGGUGGGCGUGGAGGCCGUGGAGGAAGACGCUCGGUCUCUGAUCGCGAGCUGCAGGUUCUCCAUGAGGCUGCGGAUGGUGGAGAGUGCGCGGAAGCAGAAUAAUUUCUCGCUUGCCUUGAAACUGCUGAAGGAGCUGCACAGAGAGUCAAAGACACGGGAGGACUGGCUCGUGAGGUGGGUGCAGAGCUACUGCCGGCUGAGCCACAGCCGGGCCCGGGCCCAGCGCCGGCCCGAGCAGCUCUGCGCGAUGCUGAGGACGGUGUCGCUGCUGGCAGGUGAGAACACGUCAAGCUACUUGAGCAGAAAUGUUGCGGCUUCCCGUGACCAUAACGUUCUCGUGGGUACAACGUACAGGAUCAUGGCCGAUGCUCUCAGCAGCGAGCCCCCCUGCCUCGCUGGGAUCGAGGAGAGCAAGGCCAGGAGCGUCGUGGAGCUCUCGGGAUCCAGUUCAGAGGAUGCCGAGAAGGUUGCGGCAGGCCUGUACCAGAGAGCAUUCCAGCACCUUUCCGAGGCCGUGCGGACAGCGGCACAGGAGGAGGCCGGGCGCCCGGCGUGGGGCCAGGAGCCUGCGCGCGGGCUGGUGGCGGCUUGCCUGGCGCUGGUGGAGUUCUGUGACCAGCGGCUCCGCAAGCAGGAGGAGGGCCCCCCCGUCCUGGACGCUGCAGAGCUGCACACGUAUCCAGCCCUCGUGGUGGACAAAAUGCUGAAAGCUCUGAAGUUACACUCGAGCGAGGCCCGGCUGAAGUUCCCCAGACUCCUCCAGAUUGUCGAGCAGUAUCCAGAGGAGACCCUGAGCCUGAUGACCAGAGAGAUGUCUUCCAUUCCUUGCUGGCAGUUCAUCGGCUGGAUCGGCCACAUGGUGGCCCUGCUGGACAAGGAGGAGGGGGUCGCCGUCCAGCGCACCGUGGCGGACAUCGCCGACCACUACCCGCAGGCCAUCGUGUACCCGUUCACAAUAAGCAGUGAAAGCUAUUCCUUCAGAGACACUUCUGCUGGCCAUAAGAGCAAGGACUUUGUGGCCAGGAUUAAAGCUAAGUUAGAUCGAGAAGGAGUGGUUCAGGACUUCAUUAACGCCCUGGAGCAGCUCUCCAGCCCUGAGAUGCUCUUUAAGGACUGGACGGAGGACAUCAAGCUUGAACUAGAAAAGAACCCCGUAAAUAAGAAGAACAUUGAGAGGAUGUAUGAGAGAAUGUACGCAGCCUUGGGAGACCCACAGGCUCCGGGUGUCGGGAGUUUUCGAAGGAGGUUUAUCGAGGCUUUUGGGAAAGAAUUUGAUACCCACUUUGGGAGAGGAGGCUCUAAGCUCCCUGGCAUGAAGCUCCAGGACUUCUGCACCGUCACCAGCUCGCUGCUCGGGAGGAUGAGCAGGGGCUCGAAGGCACCGGGGAACCUGAAGGAGCUCUCGCCCUGGAUGAGCAGCUUCAGGGCCGAAUUCCUGAGGGAUGCGCUCGAGGUUCCUGGUCAGUACGACGGCAGAGGGAAGCCGGUGCCCGAGUACCACGCCCGCAUCGCCGGCUUCGACGAGCGGGUGAGAGUGAUGGCCUCGCUCAGGAGACCGACGCGCAUCGUGGUCCGCGGGCACGACGAGCGGGAGUACCCCUUCCUGGUGAAGGGCGGGGAGGACCUGCGGCAGGACCAGCGCGUCCUCCAGCUGCUCCAGGUCAUGAACGGGCUGCUCGCCCGCGACGCUGCCUGUGGCCAGCGGGGCCUGCAGGUGACGACCUACCGCGUGGUGCCCAUGACCUCCAGGUUGGGGCUAAUUGAAUGGAUCGAAAGCACCUGCACCUUAAAGGAGCUCCUUCUGAACAGCAUGUCACGGGAGGAGAAGGCGGCCUACACCAGUGACCCCCGGGCACCAGCGUCUGAGUAUAGAGACUGGCUGAGGAGGAUGUCGGGAAGGUGUGACCCCGGGGCCUACGCGCUCAUGUUCAAGGGGGCCAGUCGCACUGAGACAGUCACAUCUUUUAGAGGAAGAGAGAGUCAAGUGCCGGCUGAUCUCCUAAAGCGGGCCUUCCUGAAGAUGAGCACCGGCCCCGAGGCCUUCCUGGCUCUCCGCAGCCACUUUGCCAGCUCCCACGCACUCCUGUGCAUCAGCCACUGGAUCCUGGGCAUCGGAGACAGGCAUCUGAACAACUUGAUGGUGAGCUUGGAGACGGGCGGCGUGAUUGGGAUCGACUUCGGACAUGCGUUCGGAUCAGCCACCCAGUUUCUGCCGGUCCCUGAGCUGAUGCCUUUCCGUCUGACUCGCCAGUUUAUCACCCUGAUGCUACCACUGAAAGAAACGGGGCUCGUGGGCAGCACCAUGGUGUGUGCGCUGAGGGCUUUCCGCUCGCGCCCAGACCUGCUCACCACCGCCAUGGACGUGUUUGUGAAGGAGCCGUCCUUUGACUGGAAGAAUUUUGAACAGAAAAUGCUAAGAAAAGGAGGAUCAUGGAUUCAAGAAGUAAAUGUAACUGAAAAAAACUGGUAUCCCCGGCAGAAGAUACAUCACGCUAAGAGAAAGUUAGCAGGUGCCAAUCCAGCAGUUAUUACCUGUGAUGAGUUACUUCUGGGCCAUGAGAAGGUGCCUGCCUUUGAGCAUUACAUCGCUGUAGCACAAGGAAGCAGAGAUCACAACAUUCGUGCCCAGGAGCCAGGCAGUGGGCUUUCAGAAGAGGCCCAGGUGAAGUGCUUGAUUGACCAGGCAACAGACCCCAACAUCCUCGGCAGAACUUGGGAAGGGUGGGAGCCCUGGAUGUGAGGUCCCGGGGAGUCAGCAGAGAAAGGGCAUGCGUGUGGAGAGAGUGUCCUAAACUUUGAUCCAAGCAAUCAGUGGGCUCAUCGUCCCUAAGCACCGGAGUUGUGUGGCGAGUUUAAUCAAGGUUGUGAUGAAGAAGUGAAUGCUGGCGUGGGUGAAUGGCUAGGCCGUAAUCAAAGGUUAGGUCAGAGUCAGAAUGGAUGUAGAAGGGCAGGCUCGUGCAAGCACCGAACCAAGACCGUAGCAGACUGCGAGUGCUCUGAGCGGACCGAGAACUGUGGUGGUUCAUUGUGCACCUGAGCGUUCUGCGACCGUGCCUCACGGCGCCGUGGAAGUCACACCCAGAAGACUUUGUCCCGGAGACUUUGUGAGAGUCAUAUUAGCAGCACAGGAAUAAGAACAGGUCAGGCUAUGAUUAUGGCUUCUUAUAUUUAGAAAUAAUUGUACUUGCCGUUUUAGGAUAUUUUUGUAGGUUUUUUCCUUUUACAUUUUUCUCUUCUAGUUUUGACAUUUUACGAUAGAACUGUUCUCUAGAAGAGAAAGUAUUUAGGAGAGAGAAAAACCUUGGUCUUAGCACUCACUUUUGCUACUCUGAUCACAACGGGAAGGUGGACAAAAGAGCUUUGCAUCCCAGACUCAGGAAAGCUUCAGAAAUUCCAAGUAUGAAAGUAGGGAUAGCACUAAGCAUUCCAGUUCUAGGAAAAUAAAAGAAAUCCCUGUUUGAAAUGAACCCUUAUUUGGAGAUAAAACAUGCAUUCUAGAGCGGCCAGAUCAAGUUACAGAAACAGCUUCCUCUCCACUCAGAGAGCCUCUGUCCCCACCCCAGUCGUCCCCACCUGGAGCCGAUUUCAGGUUGGCUUCGAGCUUUUUGUUACUGUUUUUUUCAAACAUUUCUAGUUAGAAACUCUUGUAUGAUUUUAGGAAAUAGUAAAUCUUAAGACUAAGGAACAUUAGAAGUUUUUUUCCUGAAGUAGUAUAUAGCUUUUAUGCAGUUACACAAGCAAACAUUUCAUCUUAUAAUUAUUUCAUUCUAUUACUUGACAAACUUAUUCUGAUAGAUACAGGUUGAAUGCAUUAUGGCAUUAAUAAAAAACGUUUAUGGGGACUUCCCCAGUGGUCCAGUGGUUAAGAUUCUGUGCUUCCACUGCACGGGGCGCAGGUUCGAUCCCUGGUCGGGGAACUGAGACAUCCAGCAUGCUGCGCAGCAUGGCUGAAACAUUUAAAGAAAAAAAAACAAAACAUUCCAAGUUCCCUUAGGACGGGACGCCUACACAUAGCUUCUAAUCGACAAAAUAAAAUCGUGGGGAAAGAGUAAAGAUGUAAACUUUAAACACUUUCUAAAAUAAAAAUUAUUCCAUCAACUUGCAAGAA